CCCAGUAACAGAGAUACCCCAGAGAGAUGUCCCCAUCCUCUGUAUUCCCAGGAUUGUACAGAGGAGAAUCACAGGAUCCCACAGGAGGAUCAGGAAGAACAUCUGUCUGAUAUUAAAAUAGAAGAUACAGGGGGAGAAGAAGAGACGUAUGUGACUGAUAUAAAGGCAGAAGAUAUAGAGGGAGAAGAAGAGACGUAUGUGACUGAUGUAAAGGCAGAAGAUAUAGAGGGAGAAGAAGGAACGUAUGUGACUGAUAUAAAGGCAGAAUAUAUAGAGGGAGAAGAAGAGAUAUAUGUGACUGAUAUGAAGACAGAAGAUAUAGAGGGAGAAGAAGAGACGUAUGUGACUGAUAUGAAGACAGAAGAUAUAGAGGGAGAAGAAGAGACGUAUGUGACUGAUAUAAAGACAGAAGAUAUAGAGGGAGAAGAAGAGACGUAUGUGACUGAUAUGAAGACAGAAGAUAUAGAGGGAGAAGAAGAGACGUAUGUGACUGAUAUAAAGGCAGAAGAUAUAGAGGGAGAAGAAGAGACGUAUGUGACUGAUAUGAAGGCAGAAGAUAUAGAGGGAGAAGAAGAGACGUCUGUGACUGAUAUGAAGGCAGACGAUACAGAGGGAGAAGAAGAGACGUAUGUGACUGAUAUAAAGGCAGAAGAUAUAGAGGGAGAAGAAGAGACGUAUGUGACUGAUAUGAAGGCAGAAGAUAUAGAGGGAGAAGAAGAGACGUAUGUGACUGAUAUGAAGGCAGAAGAUAUAGAGGGAGAAGAAGAUACGUAUGUGACUGAUAUGAAGGCAGAAGAUACAGAGGGAGAAGAAGAGACGUAUGUGACUGAUAUAAAGGCAGAAGAUAUAGAUGGAGAAGAAGAGACAUAUGUGAGGGGUGAUCAGCAGUGUAAGGAGGAAGAGAUCCCUACAGAUAUCAGCACAGAUGGACCCACAAGCAGGAAUAUCUCAGAAGGACAUCUAAUGUUAUCCCCGGAUUGUGACAUAAAAAAUAAUGACAGUAGACAGGAUUCUCCAGGAGAUAACCCCAUUACCCCAAUUAUACAUCCAGCUCUAUCAGCUGAUCCCUCUGAUCCUGGGAAAUGUUCUCCUGAUCACUCUGAUAUUGGUGCAUCUGUUACAGCUCUGAGAGUAGAUACAGAGUUUCCAUGUGCUAUAGAUGCCAAAUGUUUUACACAGAACACAAAGCCUAUUAACCCACACACAGGUAAGGCAGGUGAAAGGCCAAUAAUAUGUUCUGAGUGUGGGAAAUGUUUUGCACACAAAUCAGCUCUUGUUAGACAUAACAGAAAUCUCACAGGUGAGAAGCCAUUUUCUUGCUCUGAGUGUGGGAAAUGUUUUGUACGUAAAUCACAUCUUGUUAUACAUUACAGAAGUCACACAGGUGAGAAGCCAUUUUCUUGCUCUGAAUGCGGGAAAUGUUUUACACAGAAAUCAGAUCUUAUUGCACAUCAACGAACUCACACAGGUGAGAAGCCAUUUCCAUGUUCUGAGUGUGGGAAAUGUUUUACACAGAAAUCAGAUCUUAUUACACAUCAGCGAACUCACACAGGUGAGAAGCCAUUUCCAUGUUCUGAGUGUGGGAAAUGUUUUGCACACAAAUCAGCUCUUGUUAGACAUAACCGAAAUCACACAGGUGAGAAGUCAUUUUCUUGCUCUGAGUGUGGGAAAUGUUUUGUACGUAAAUCACAUCUAGUUAUACAUUACAGAAGUCACACAGGUGAGAAGCCAUUUUCUUGCUCUGAAUGCGGGAAAUGUUUUACACAGAAAUCAGAUCUUGUUAGACAUCACAGAAGUCACACAGGUGAGAAGCCAUUUCUAUACUCUGAGAAAUAAAUCCGCUCUUGUUGCACACAAUAGACCUCACUCAGGUGAGGAACCAUUUUAAUCUUCUGGAGUAUACUUAUCAUUGCCAUGCGUUGUUCUUCAAGGUUCUUAUCCCAUCUCCUAUGCUUUUUGCAAUAUACAUGUUACCACUGAGCUAAAUAAUCAGAUGUCAUGCCCUCAUCUACCACUGCUAUGCAGAUGACCUGUCUUUUGCUCUGGGUACUGAGAACUCAGUACCAAUCCUAAAUGGUUGUCUAGCUGAGCUCCAGGUGUGGGUGAUGCCAGUUGGCUGUGACUCAGUCCUGGUGAAACAGGUCUUUAUGAUAGAAGCUCACCAACAAAGGGCAGGGCUACAGCUCAGCUUUGCUACCAGCCAGACUUACGCUUGGGGGUUCAGAGUUACAAAAUGCUGAUCGUGUGCGGAAUCUUGGUGUCCUGGAUGGUGGAGUGACACUUAGACAUCAGGUAUCAGCCACAAUCAUAUCCUCAUCUGAGGAACAUAGCCAGACUCCAGCACUUAUUUCCCUCAGAAGAUCUUCCUACAGUCAUACAUUCAUUUGUAUCAUCACACAUAGACUACUGCAAUGUCCUCUACCUGGGUCUCCCGGCAAAAGAAUUGCACCGCUUGUAGCUUGUACAGAAUGCUGCAGCCAGGCUGUUACCUAACCGGCCCGUUCCUGCCACAUAACACCCAUUCUCUGCUCCCUUCACCGGCUGCCUGUAAAAUGGUGACUAUUACAUAAUCUUACUGACUCUCCCAGCCCUACAUGACCAGGGUCCAUGUACCAGAAGUAGCUUCUGCCUCCUUACUGACUUACUGUAGGCCCCUAUUACAUAAUCUUACUGACUCUCCCAGCCCUACAUGACCAGGGUCCAUGUACCAGAAGCAGCUUCUGCCUCCUUACUGACUUACUGUAGGCCCCAAUUACAUAAUCUUACUGACUUUCCCAGCCCUACAUGACCAGGAUCCAUGUACCAGAAGCAGCUUCUGCCUCCUUACUGACUUACUGUAGGCCUCUAUUACACAAUCUUACUGACUCCCAGCCCUACAUGACCUGGGUCCAUGUACCAGAAGCAGCUUCUGCCUCCUUACUGACUUACUGUAGGCCCCUAUUACAGAAUCUUACUGACUCCCAGCCCUACAUGACCAGGGUCCAUGUACCAGAAGCAGCUUCUGUCUCCUUACUGACUUACUGUAGGCCCCUAUUACAUCAUCUUACUGACUCUCCCAGCCCUACAUGACCAGGGUCCAUGUACCAGAAGCAGCUUCUGCCUCCAUACUGACUUACUGUAGGCCCCUAUUACACAAUCUUACUGACUCUCCCAGCUCUACAUGACCAGGGUCCAUGUACCAGAAGCAGCUUCUGCCUCCUUACUGACUUACUGUAGGCCCCUAUUACAGAAUCUUACUGACUCUCCCAGCCCUACAUGAGCAGGGUCCAUGUACCAGAAGCAGCUUCUGCUUCCUUACUGACUUACUGUAGGCCCCUAUUACAGAAUCUUUCUGACUCUCCCAGCCCUACAUGACCAGGGUCCAUGUACCAGAAGCAGCUUCUGCCUCCUUACUGACUUACUGUAGUCCCCUAUUACAUAAUCUUACUGACUCUCCCAGCCCUACAUGACCAGGGUCCAUGUACCAGAAGCAGCUUCUGUCUCCUUACUGACUUACUGUAGGCCCCUAUUACACAAUCUUACUGACUCUCCCAGCCCUACAUGACCUGGGUCCAUGUACCAGAAGCAGCUUCUGCCUCCUUACUGACUUACUGUAGGCCCCUAUCACAGAAUCUUACUGACUCUCCCAGCCCUACAUGACCAGGGUACAUGUACCAGAAGCAGCUUCUGUCUCCUUACUGACUUACUGUAGGCCCCUAUUACAUAAUCUUACUGACUCUCCCAGCCCUACAUGACCAGGGUCCAUGUACCAGAAGCAGCUUCUGCCUCCUUACUGACUUACUGUAGGCCCCUAUUACACAAUCUUACUGACUCUCCCAGCCCUACAUGACCAGGGUCCAUGUACCAGAAGCAGCUUCUGCCUCCUUACUGACUUACUGUAGGCCCCUAUUACAUAAUCUUACUGACUCUCCCAGCCCUACAUGACCAGGGUCCAUGUACCAGAAGCAGCUUCUGCCUCCUUACUGACUUACUGUAGGCCCCUAUUACAUAAUCUUACUGACUCUCCCAGCCCUACAUGACCAGGGUCCAUGUACCAGAAGCAGCUUCUGCCUCCUUACUGACUUACUGUAGGCCCCUAUUACAUAAUCUUACUGUCUCUCCCAGCCCUACAUGACCAGGGUCCAUGUACCAGAAGCAGCUUCUGCCUCCUUACUGACUUACUGUAGGCCCCUAUUACACAAUCUUACUGACUCUCCCAGCCCUACAUGACCAGGGUCCAUGUACCAGAAUUAGCUUCUGCCUCCUUACUGACUUACUGUAGGCCCCUAUUACAGAAUCUUACUGACUCUCCCAGCCCUACAUGACCAGGGUCC